AAUUAUAUGCCUCAUUCGCCACUAUUUAUAACCCCACCCCAGUCUUUUCUUCAUUUAUAUCCCAUCUCAUUACUAUCCACUAUGAAAGUCUCUACUUCCAAAUUCUUAGGCUUCCUAGUCUUUUUCUUCUUCUACCAAUGCCAAGCGAGUCCACAUUACAAGUUCGUCGUGAAGGAAGUUCCAUAUACGAGACUAUGCAGCACGAAGAAAAUACUUACCGUAAAUGGCCAAUUUCCAGGUCCUACUUUAUAUGUUAAUAAAGGAGACACCAUCGUUGUCGAUGUUUACAACAGAGGAAACUAUAACAUCACCAUUCAUUGGCAUGGAGUGCAACAGCCAAGAAAUCCAUGGUCUGAUGGUCCGGAAUACAUCACUCAGUAAACUUUUAGACUUAAAGUGAAAAGAGAUUUGACUUAUCUCCUUCGGAUAGUCAACUCCGCCAUGAUAGAUAGUCUCUUCUUCGCCAUUGCCAACCAUACUGUCACAGUGGUUGGAUCUGACGCUAGCUAUCUAAAACCAUUCAAUAGAACCUUCAUUUGCAUAUCCCCGGGCCAGACCGUUGAUGUCCUUCUAGAAGCCAACCAAAGUCCCAAUCACUAUUACAUGGCCGCCAGCGCAUACGCCAGUGCUCUCCUAGGUACUUAUGACAACACUACCACCACAGCUAUUGUAGAAUAUAAUGGAAAUUACACUCCAUCUUCGCCGCCAGUGUUCCCCUAUCUUCCUGGCUAUAAUGACACAGAAGCAUCCAUUAAUUUUACCGCUGGUCUUCGGAGCUUAGCUGAUAAGGAGCAUCCAAUUGAUGUGCCGAUGGAAAUAAACACACAUUUGUUCUAUACCCUUUCAAUCAACUCUCCCUGCAAAAACAACUCCUGCCCAGGUGGUGAGAUAAGACUCUUAACCAGUGUGAACAACAUAAGUUUCCUCAAUCCUAGCAUCGAUAUAUUACAAGCUUACUAUUGCUGCAUUCAAGGGGUGUAUGGGACCAAUUUUCCUGAUUUUCCUCAAUUAUUUUUUGACUUCACUGCCGAUUAUUUACCGACGGACUGGGACAUUCCGCAACAAGGGACGGAAGUGAGAAUACUAGAUUACAAUUCCACCGUGGAGCUUGUUUUCCAGGGGACAAACUUGCUAGGAGGUAGUAACCAUCCGAUGCAUCUUCAUGGAUAUAGUUUUUAUGUUGUGGGAUUGGGUUUAGGGAAUUUCGAUAAGGACAAGGAUCCUUCAACAUACAAUCUGGUGGACCCUCCUCUUCAAAACACCAUUCAUGUUCCAAAAAAUGGAUGGAUGGCCGUAAGAUUCAUGGCCAACAAUCCUGGUACGAGUAUGGUACAUGCAUUGCCAUAUUGAUCGACACAUGACAUGGGGCAUGGAUACAGUGUUCAUAAUUAAAGAUGGCGAAUCCCCGGAGGCCAAAAUGUUACCACCACCACCUGACAUGCCUC